AUGGCUGGGGUUCAGCUCCUUGCGCUGCUGAGCCUCGCGGUCGCGGCCUCCUCCCUGUCCAUGGGCGCGCAGGCCACCACCGGGCCCGAUGCGAGGAAGGUCGGCGUGUACGAGCUCAAGCUGGGGGAUUUCUCCGUCAAGGUCACCAAUUGGGGUGCCAGAUUAAUGUCCGUCGUCCUUCCCGACUCCAAAGGGAAUUUGGCUGAUGUCGUCCUGGGCAGAGACACCCUCGCUGAAUACUUUAACGACACUUCUUACUUCGGGCCGAUCGCCGGCCGCGUAGCACAGCGGAUAUCGAGGGGCCGCUUCGUCCUCGACGGCAAAGUCUACCACCUGCAACGAAACGACGGCAAGAACACGAUCCACGGCGGUGGCACCGCGUUCAGCAAAAGCGCCUGGACAGUGAAGGAGUACGUCGGCGGCGGCGACUCCCCGUACAUCACCCUGUACUACCGCAGCUUCGACGGCGAGCAAGGCUUCCCGGGGAGCCUCGACACGUACGUGACGUACCGGGUGUCGGGCCCCUACACGCUGGGCGUGCACAUGAACGCGACGGCGCGGGACAGGGCGACGCCGGUGAACCUGCUGCUGCACGCGUACUGGAACCUGGGCGGGCACGGGGAGGGCAUCGGCCGCGACGUGCUGGGCCACACGCUCCGGCUGCACGCGUCGCGGUAUGCCGUGCUGGACGCGGAGCUCCUCCCUUCGUCAGGCCGCGUCGCGCCCGUCGCCGGCACGCCGCUGGACUUCCGGGCGCCCACGCCCAUCGGCGCGCGCAUCCGCCAGGUCACGGGCGGGAAGGUCGUCGGGUACGACGCUAACUACAUCGUCGACGGGGAGCCGGGGAGCAUGCGGCCCGUGGCGGAGGUCCGGGACGCCGCGUCCGGCAGGGCGCUGGAGCUGUGGGCGAACCAGGCGACCGUGCAGUUCUACACCGGAAACUGGCUCAACCACACCGAGGGGAAGGGCGGCGAGGUGUACAACCAGUACGCUGGGUUCACGCUGGAGACGAUGGGGUACGUGGACGCCGUGAACCACCCAGAGUUCCCGUCGCAGACACUCAGGCCCGGCCAGGAGUACAAGCACGACAUGGUCUUCAAGUUCUCGUUCUGA